UAGGGUUAGGGUUUCGCAUAGAUCUCAUUCAUCCUUCGAUCAUCUUCUUCUCGUCACGAUCUCUCUAUAACCUCUCUCUCGUUUUCAAGACCAUCUCUCUAAAAUCUUUCUGUGUUUUUGUGUUCGAUCAUGGAGAUGGAACGUGUUACCGAGUUUCCCCAUACGCACAUGGAUCGGCGACCCAGGAAAAGGGCGCGUUUGGGUUGGGACGUUGUUCCUCAGGACCCUAAGGCUCAGCUAGGAAUGUUUUUUGGACAAGAUGUUGGGAAUAUGACAAGCUUUGCAUCAAGGGCACCCUCAGAACAUACUAGUUCGUCUCUUUUUGUUAAGGGAGUGGCUCGAAAUGGUUCUCCCCCAUGGAGAGGAGAUGACAAAGAUGGGCAUUACAUGUUUGCGGUUGGAGAAAAUUUAACUUCUCGCUAUAAGAUUCACAGCAAGAUGGGUGAAGGCACCUUUGGUCAGGUUUUAGAAUGCUGGGACAGGGAAAGAAAAGAAAUGGUUGCCAUUAAAAUUGUUCGAGGAAUUAAGAAAUACCGAGAAGCGGCUAUGAUAGAAGUUGAUGUGCUUCAACAGCUUGGUAAACAUGAUAAAGGUGGCAGUCGUUGUGUGCAAAUAAGGAACUGGUUUGACUAUCGUAACCAUAUCUGUAUUGUCUUUGAGAAGCUUGGACCUAGCUUAUACGAUUUUCUACGGAAAAACAGUUACCGCUCAUUUCCCAUUGACCUUGUCCGCGAGAUUGGCAGACAACUGUUGGAAUGUGUUGCAUUCAUGCAUGAUCUCCGCCUGAUUCAUACUGAUUUGAAGCCGGAGAAUAUUCUCCUAGUGUCUCCGGAGUAUGUUAAAGUUCCAGAUUACAAGGUGUCAUCACGAUCACCAAAGGAUAGUUCUUACUUUAAGAGAGUGCCUAAAUCAAGUGCCAUCAAGGUCAUUGAUUUUGGUAGCACAACUUAUGACCGCCAGGAUCAGAGCUACAUUGUAUCAACACGACAUUACCGUGCACCUGAGGUCAUUCUCGGGCUCGGAUGGAGUUACCCCUGUGAUGUAUGGAGUGCUGGUUGUAUCCUGGUGGAGUUAUGCUCGGGAGAAGCGCUGUUUCAAACACAUGAGAAUUUGGAGCAUCUUGCCAUGAUGGAGAGAGUUCUUGGUCCAUUGCCGCAGCACAUGUUGAAGAGAGCAGACCGCCACUCAGAGAAGUAUGUCAGGAAGGGUAAAUUGGAUUGGCCAGAAGGUGCCAGCUCUAGAGAAAGUAUCAAAGCUGUUCUUAAGCUACCUCGCCUCCAGAACCUCAUAAUGCAGCACGUAGACCACUCAGCCGGAGAUCUCAUACAUCUGUUGCAAGGACUUCUUAGGUACGACCCCUCGGAAAGGAUGACGGCACGUGAAGCCCUCAGACAUCCUUUCUUCACCAGGGACCUUCUUAGGAGGUCCUGAGCAGUGAGAUAAACGAGUUGUCACCAUUUUAAUUCAUGGGGAUGGAUUUCGGGGCAUGGUAGAAGAGAGCAUGGCACCCAGUUGUCUGAUUGUUGCCCGCCCCACCAAAACAUGACAAGCGGAGAGGGCUUUCGGCUGUAAAUACAAAACGUCUUCUCCGCAAACAACCUGAAACAGUAUUGAUGAAUUGUAGAUUGUUGUAGUUCUGACUGAUUCUUAAUGAACAUGAGUUCAGAUCCUCAAUUGAAUGAACCAAAAGUGAAAUUCAGUGGUUUAUAGGUUUUUUCUGUUUUUGGUUUUGUUUCUUCAAAUUGAGCAAGUGAUGUUAUCCAAUUUCACUAACCCGAUUUGCAAUUUUAUUGUGUUGGUUUUACCGUUUCA